CACCAUGAACUGGGCCUUCCUCGAGGGCCUCCUCAGCGGGGUGAACAAGUACUCAACAGCGUUUGGUCGCAUCUGGCUCGCCAUUGUUUUCAUUUUCAGGCUUUUGGUUUUCCUGGUGGCUUGCGAGAAGGUAUGGGGGGAUGAGCAGAAGGACUUUGACUGCAACACCCGCCAGCCCGGUUGCCACAACGUCUGCUACGAUCACUAUUUCCCGAUCUCCUACACCCGACUCUGGGCUCUCCAGCUGAUCUUUGUCACCUGCCCAUCCCUUCUCGUGACUCUCCAUGUGGGCUACAGAGAAGAGCGGGAGCGCAAACACCGGCUGAAGCACGGAGAAGACUGCGCCCCUCUGUACGAUAACACGGGGAAGAAACGAGGGGGUCUCUGGUGGACCUACUUCUUCAGCCUGCUCUUCAAGAUGGCAGUGGAUGCAGUGUUUGUCUUCUUGCUGUUCUACAUCUACGAGGCCACCUUCUUCCCUCCAUUGGUAAAAUGCAAUGAAGAACCAUGUCCGAAUGUGGUGGACUGCUACAUUGCCAGACCCACAGAGAAGAAAAUAUUCACCGUUUUCAUGGUGGUGACCAGCUUUGUGUGCAUCUUCCUCACCCUCUGCGAGGUCCUCUACCUGUGUGGGAAGAGGUUCUGGGAGUGCUGUGGAGGAGGACCAAGUUCCGUGAGAGAAAACUCCUUCAUGAUGACCAGAACCCCUCUGACUGGGAAGGAAAACUCGGCCUACAACGAGUCAGUCCCGGACAAGGCCAGGAUGGUCAAUGACAGCAACGGAGAAAUGGGCAAAGAGAGUUCAGCUCCAGCGUACAGCAUAGCCAUCUCAUGAGAGCCAUCAUAAGUUUGACUGAGGAGAAUAAAGUGAAAAUCAUGGGUAGAUUUUGUACUGUCGGCCAGAGUUACGGGCAGAAACUCAGUUUUCAGGCAUUGCUGUUUACAGAGGUCAUAUCAUUUUUACACAGCAGUUUUAUAUCAAAGAAAUGUAGUGUUUUUGUCCCUUAAUAUUGUUGAGCUGAAAAUACAUGUAAUACUUUUUAAUACACUUCUAAAAUGACUGACAUAUACUAGAGGUGAUUUAUUUUUUCUAUUUAUAUGAUUAUGUUAUUAUUUUGUUAUCUGUUUCUAGAGUAUUAUAGCCACAAAAUGAAUUUGCUGGAUGUGCAGUGUGUGCAUUAACAUAAAGUGGACAUGAGGAAAAUAUCUAUGUAAGAGCAUACACAAUAUAAUCAUUACCCCAGAAAUAAAGACAGAUGCCAGUUAUUGUUUCUUAAAAUAAACGACUAUC